AUGGUACCAGAAACUUUUGAAAAACUUCUUUCUUGGGUUUCUCCUUACAUACAGAAAAAAGCAACAAAAAUGCGUGAGCCCAUUUCACCCAGUGAAAGAUUAGCAGUUACUUUGAGGUACCUAGUCACGGGAGAUGAACAAACCAGUAUAGCAGCUAGUUAUCGCAUAAGCCCUUCGACCGUAGGAAGGAUUAUUGGUGAAACGUGUCAAGUUCUUUGGCAUGUUUUGAUCGAAAACGGCUACUUAAGUGCACCAAAAACUAAAGAACAAUGGAAGAAAAUUGCUAGAGAAUUUGAGAGUAAAUGGAACUUUCCACAUGCACUUGGUGCCAUCGAUGGGAAACACGUAGUAAUGCAGGCACCUGCUCGUUCUGGAUCUGAUUAUUUUAAUUAUAAGAAGACACAUAGUAUUGUGCUUUUAGCAGUCUGUAAUGCAGACUACGAAUUUACUCUCGUGGACAUUGGUGAUGCAGGUAGACAGAGUGACGGUAGUGUGUACGCUAAUAGCUAUCUUGGCAUGCCAUAG